CCUUCCUGCUCAAAGUUUACUUUCACUUUCCUGAACUUCGUGGAGUGGAGCUUGUUGUUGGUGUGUGUGAAGAAAGUACUGACUGAAGAUGAUGAUGGAGAAAGAGGAGGACAGAGCAGAGUCUGCAGGAUCCAGCUGUCCGUCUGUGAGGAGUGACCGGUCCAAAGAUGUAAAUCCACAGUUCAGUGCUGAAUCUGGACCAACGAGAGGUCAGAGGUCACAGUCUGCAGGGUCCAGCUGUCCGUCUGUGAGGAGUGACCGGUCCAAAGAUCACCCUCCAGAGUUCAGUGCUGAACCUGGACCAACGAGAGUGGACCAGCAGAGUUCAGAGGUUCCCAGUGAUCAGUCUGCCCAGCAGCAUCAAACACAGCUGGACUCCAUAUUUAUGCUGCUGGAGGACAACAUCAUCACUUUUGUGAAGAACGAGCUGAAGAAGAUUCAGAAGGCUCUGAAUCCAAAUAAGCCCCAGUGUUUGGAGUUUCAGAGGAGCAGCAGCAGAGAGGCAUUUGUGAAGAUCACAGUGGACUUCCUGAGGAGAAUGAAGCAGGAGGAGCUGGCUGACCGUCUGCAGAGCAAACUUCCAGCUGCAGUUUGUCAUCGUAACCUUAAAUCUGAGCUGAAGAAGAAGUUCCAGUGUGUGUUUGAGGGGAUCGCUAAAGCAGGAAACCCAACCCUUCUGAAUCAGAUCUACACAGAGCUCUACAUCACAGAGGGAGGGACUGCAGAGGUCAAUGAUGAACAUGAGGUCAGACAGAUUGAAACAGCAUCCAGGAAACCAGACAGACCAGAAACAACAAUCAGACAAGAAGACAUCUUUAAAGCCUCACCUGGAAGAGAUGAACCAAUCAGAACAGUGCUGACAAAGGGAGUGGCUGGCAUUGAGAAAACAGUCUUAACACAGAAAUACACCCUGGACUGGGCUGAAGACAAAGCCAACCAGGACAUCCAGUUCAUAUUUCCAUUCACUUUCAGAGAGCUGAAUGUGCUGAAAGAUGAAAAGUUCAGCUUGGUGGAACUUGUUCAUCACUUCUUUACUGAAACCAAAGAAGCUGGAAUCUGCAGCUUUGAAGACUUCCAGGUUGUGUUCAUCUUUGAUGGUCUGGAUGAGUGCCGACUUCCUCUGGACUUCCACAAAACUACAGUCCUAACUGACCCUACAAAGUCCACCUCAGUGGAUGUACUGCUGAUAAACCUCAUCAGGGGGAACCUGCUUCCCUCUGCUCACCUCUGGAUAACCACACGACCUGCAGCAGCCAAUCAGAUCCCCGCUGACUGUGUUGACAUGGUGACAGAGGUCAGAGGGUUCACUGACCCACAGAAGGAGGAGUACUUCAGGAAGAGAUUCGGAGAUGAGGAGCAGGCCAGCAGGAUCAUCUGCCACAUCAAGACAUCACGAAGCCUCCACAUCAUGUGCCACAUCCCAGUCUUCUGCUGGAUCACUGCUACAGUUCUGGAGGAUGUGCUGGAAACCAGAGAGGGAGGACAGCUGCCCAAGACCCUGACUGAGAUGUACAUCCACUUCUUGGUGGUUCAGGCCAAAGUGAAGAAGGUCAAGUAUGAUGGAGGAGCUGAGACAGAUCCACACUGGAGUCCAGAGAGCAGGAAGAUGAUUGAGUCUCUGGGAAAACUGGCUUUUGAUCAGCUGCAGAAAGGAAACCUGAUCUUCUAUGAAUCAGACCUGACAGACUGUGGCAUCGAUAUCAGAGCAGCCUCAGUGUACUCAGGAGUGUUCGCACAGAUCUUUAAAGAGGAGAGAGGACUGUACCAGGACAAGGUGUUCUGCUUCAUCCAUCUGAGUGUUCAGGAGUUUCUGGCUGCUCUUCAUGUCCAUCUGACCUUCAUCAACUCUGGAGUCAAUCUGCUGGAAGAACAAAUGACCUUCAUAUGGUCUAAAUUAAUUAAAAAGAAAAAGAGUUUAAAAUCUUUCCACCAGACUGCUGUGAACAAGACCUUAAAGAGUCCAAAUGGAAAGCUGGACUUGUUCCUUCGCUUCCUCCUGGGUCUUUCACUGCAGACCAAUCAGACUCUCCUACGAGGCCUGCUGACACAGACAGGAGGUAGCUCAGAGACCAAUCAGGAAACUGUCCAGUACAUCAAGAAGAAGUUCAGUAAGAAUCUGUCUGCAGAGAAAAGCAUCAAUCUGUUCCACUGUCUGAAUGAACUGAAUGAUCGUUCUCUAGUGGAGGAGAUCCAACAGUCCCUGAGAUCAGGAAGUCUCUCCACAGAUAAACUGUCUCCUGCUCAGUGGUCAGCUCUGGUCUUCAUCUUACUGUCAUCAGAAAAAAAUCUGGAUGUGUUUGACCUGCAGAAAUACUCUGCUUCAGAGGAGGCUCUUCUGAGGCUGCUGCCAGUGGUCAAAGCCUCCAACAAAGCUCUGCUGAGUGUCCCUGAUCUCUCAGAAAGAGGGUAUGAAGCUCUGUCCUCAGUUCUCAGCUCCCAGUCAUCUAUGCUGAGAGAGCUGGACCUGAGUAACAGCAAGCUGCAGGAUUCAGCAGUGAAGCUUCUUUCUGCAGGACUGAGAAGUCCACACUGUAAACUGAAAACUUUGAGACUCAGUCACUGUCAGUCCUCAGAGAGAGGCCAUGAAGGUCUGCUCUCAGUCUUCAGCUCCCAGUCCUAUAGUCUGAGAGAGCUGGACCUGAGUAACUCUGACCUGCAGGAUUCAGGAGUGAAGCUUCUGUCUGCUGGAGUGAAGAGUCCACGCUGUAAAAUGAAAACUCUCAGUCUGUCAGGCUGUCUGAUCACAGAGGAAGGCUGUACUUCUCUGGCCUCAGCUCUGAGCUCCAACCCUUCCCAUCUGAGAGAGCUGGACCUGAGCUACAAUCAUCCAGGACACUCAGGAAUGAAGCUGCUGUCGGCUGGACUGAAGGAUCCAGGCUGGAGACUGGACACUCUCAGGGUGGAGCCUGCUGGAGUCCGAUGGUUGAAACCAGGUCUGAGGAAGUAUUCCUGUCAACUCACAAUCGACACAAACACAGUACACACAAACCUCCAACUGUCUGACAACAACAGGAAGGUGACACAUGUGUGGGAGGUUCAGUCAUAUCCUGAUCAUCCAGACAGAUUUGAUGUUUAUCCUGAGCUGCUGUGUAGAAAUGGUCUGACUGGUCGCUGUUACUGGGAGGUUGAGUGGAGAGGAGACGUUUGUAUAUCAGUGAGUUACAGAAGAAUCACAAGGAAAGGAGGCAGUGAUGACUGUGAGUUUGGAGGGAAUGAUCAGUCCUGGAGUCUGAACUGUUAUAGUGAUGGUUCUCGUUCUGUCUGGCACAAAAACAGACAAACAUCCAUCUCCUCCUCCUCUUCCUCCUCCUCUGUCUCUAACAGAGUAGCAGUAUAUGUGGACUGUCCUGCUGGCACUUUGUCCUUCUACAGAGUCUCCUCUGACACUCUGAUCCACCUCCACACCUUCAACACCACAUUCACUGAAACUCUCUAUCCUGGGUUUUUAGUCUGGUCUCCUGCUUCCUCAGUGUCCCUGUGCUGAGUUGAGUGUAAAGAGUGUCCUCCUGUUAGAGAAACACUCUGACUGUUGAACAGAUAGUUCAGUCUGUACAUGUCUGUCUCUUUCACUCAGAAACACGUUUUCAGAUUCAUGGAUUCAAUCAGUUGAUGUUUGAAACUGUUCUAAAUGAUUCCUUGUAAACUUCUUCCUUUUCAGUCCUUUAAAGAUGGAAGCUCCCAUUAUUCCAGGAUCCACAUGUUGGUUACUUAGUUGUUUGAUUGCCAGCCGAGCCUCCUGUGAGGAAAAGCCAGAGGCUGCCAGUGAUGUAGCCUACUGUCUAGGAUCAAUGUCAGUUUCACUGAAUUGUAUCUUCAGUAGCUGUUUGCUCCAAUACAGUUGUCAGGUUUAUAUGGUUGAUUGUCAUUUAUGCUUCGAAAUAUUUACUCAUAUAUGCUUAGAGUUUAUAAUCGAUGUCAUAUUGAUAGGGGUCUGAUCCUUAGUAGUCUGCAAAGACUUUGUGUGCAUUCCAGAGUGUUCUGGCAUACACACUCAGAUCCUAGGGUCAUGGGAAGAGGUUAUAUCUUCUCUUACUGAUAUAUGGUAUAGUAAACACAUCUAUAUCUGUUUUAGUCUAAGUGCCUUUUGUUUAGAUGAACUGCUGGACUUCCAGACCAGCAGCAGUCGUUUAUGGGGUCACAUUCUGACCCCACACACACACACACACACACACACACGCACACAUACAGUACUCUUUGUUCACAUGUAUACCUAUGUAAGACGUCAUGUGUUAAUGAGCCUAUGCAUAUUCAUGUAACCUCAAUAAAAGAGCAGUGUUACGAGGGAGCAGACGAGAGCAACUGAAGUCAAGUGGAAGGAACGACAAUGGCUCGGGCCUCCCUCGUAUACGAGUAACAAAAAGAACUUUGCCUGCUUGGUGUCUAAUGCUUUUUGCUGUUGUAUUAAAAUUCUCUCGUUCCAGCGGCGGGUCUGUGCUAGACAGACCCAUCAACAGUCACACGUGUUAGCAUCAUUUAGCUACAGUGGUCCUGAAGCAGCUUCAGACCUCACUGAUCACAUGACUCUGGUCACCUGGACUCAGUGUUUCUGAAGCAGUGUGCUGGGUUUUUAAAAAUACGUGGCUGCUGCCUGAUGUUGGGCCCACAGAGGAAGACGACUCACUCACUCUUCUUUACUUCCUCCUUAAACAUGUGGAAGGAGAGCAAAGUGCUGCCAGACUCUUAUUUAUGACAGGAACAGAAUAAACCACAGCAAACUGUUCCAGUUAUUCAUCUUCAUCACAAUCUAUUUAUUUAUGAUGGUGUCUUCAGUCUGAGGGUUUGAAGUUUCCAUGUCUGUGUGAUGUGUGGUGUGAAGGCUGCUGGUUAAACUGGGACUCACUGUUUAAAGCACUGAGUGCUCAUAGAGAGAUGCUCCAUGAGUCCCAGUACAGACUACAAACAUGGUGGAAACUUAGCUUUGAUAUCCACACACUCUGCACGUCUGUGAGUAAAUGUGAUGAAGAUGUGCAGAGAUCUGUGUACAAACAGGAGAAAGACUGUAAAGACUCUGUGCUUCUAACAGCCUCUGUUAACAUAUGUGAGGCUGUUUGUUGUUGUUACCAUGGAGCUUUUCACUGUUUGGGUCUGUGUCAGCUUCACAGGUCAUGUGAUCAGGUUUGUUCUGUGAAAGCUAGACGAUGGUUCAGUGUCAGGGUUUGUUUGCA